UUUAAAAAGAGGAAGGAAAAAGCAACAGAAGAACAGUUUCCGCUUGCAUUCGCAGCUCAGUCUGCUGGAAUCUAUUGGCUGAAACUACAACAAAUGAUGUCAUUGCUCAUAAUUCCUUCUCUUUCUCUGAUGUUCCUGCUCAUGAUUCCAGGAGUUUAUGGCAGUAGUUGGGGUGUGCAUUAUGGCUCUUCACAGAUCUGUGCAUUAAAGAACUCAUCAGUGAUAAUGAGCUGCAAUUAUACAUAUCUUACUGGAUAUCAGAUCACUAAAGUGUUCUGGAGCAGAACACUUGUUAAAAAUGCUUAUAAUGAGCUUACAGAUCUGUCUAUGGACCCUGAAUACAGUCAGAGGCUUCAGUAUUUGGGAGAUGAACAGAAUAAUUGCACCACCAAGCUAAGUCAUGUGACACAGAAGGAUUCACACAUGUACUAUUUCAGAUUCAUAACUGAAAAACCUGAUGGAAAAUGGACCGGUGAUCCAGGAGUGUCUCUUACUGUCACAGAUCUUCAGGUGGAGUCUCCUGAGACAGUGAAAGAGGGUCGGAAAGUCAGUCUGACAUGUAAAAGCAGCUGCGCUCUGACUGACAGAGCAACAUUCAUCUGGUACAGAAACUCACAGCCAUUAACUGAGAGAGGAGACAGAAACAAUCAACUCCUGCUGCAGUCAGUCAGAAGAGAGGAUGCAGGCAGAUACAGCUGUGGUGUACAGGGACACACUUACAUCUCUCCUGCUGUUCAGCUCACUGUCACGUACCCACCCAGGAAUGUCUCACUGUUCAUAAAUGGAUCUGCUGAAACAGUGGAGGAAGAUUCAGUGACUCUGAUCUGCAGCAGUGAUUCAAACCCUCCUGCUCUGAACUUCAGCUGGUUUCAGGAGAAUCAAAGCUCCUCUGUUGGAUCUGGACAGAGUUUCAGUGCACUACAGAGUGGACGCUUCUACUGUGAGGCUCACAAUCAACAUGGAUCUAAGAAAUCGGCAGUUAUAUUAGUGACCGUCCGUCAAGGUCUGGAUUGGCCUGUCUGGUUGGGAAUCACAGUGGCUUGUGUUGGAUUAUUCCUAAUCAUCAUCAUCAUCAUCAUCAUCAUUCUUAAAAUAUUUAAUGUCUAUAAAACCAGGAGAAAACGAAGAAGUACAAAAGCUGAAGUCGACACAGUAAAACAGGAUGAUCUGUACGCUAAUGUAAAUGAGAAGAAUGUUCAACUGUCUGAAUCAGCCAUUUGUGAUGAUGCUCUGUAUGCCAGCAUUUUAUACAGCAAAUCUAGAAGAGACAGAAAUGAUGAUGCAGAAGAGAUCCAGUACGUGACCGUCCAACAUCACAAAACCAAACCGACAAAGAGAGCAGAGGAAAACGAAAGCCAGUAUGACAAUCUCAUGAUUCACCAGCCUGCUGCUGCUGUGAGGCAAUUAGAUGUGGAAACUGUGGAAGAGGUCUCUGUGAUCUACAGCAGUGUUAAAUGAAUGAAAGACCAUCAUGAAGCCUGUGUUUAUACAUCAAUCUGGUCUGCUGGGA